GAGGAGAACCGCUCCGCCUGCAGCCCCCGGGGCCGCGGCCGCUCCGCCGGCGGGGCGAGUCUCGCCAGGCAGCGCGGAGAGAGGACAUCGGCGAGCGCCUUCCUGCGCGCACGGCUCUGCUCCCGCCGCGCCGCCGGGAACUCCCGUCCCGUUCCGUCCCGUCCUGCCGGCGCUCAGCUGCCGACUGAGCUACUUACACAUCGUUAUUAUUAAUUUUGUUAUCUCUUUUUUUUUUUUUUUUACUUUUUUUUUUAACCUUCCCCCCCCCUUAUUACCUCCCAAAGCCUUUUUUAUUAUUUUUUCCCCCUCUUCGCGGCGAGCGUUGGGAGGCGAAAGGCAAGAGCCGAAGAGGUCGGGAGGGAGAAGGGGGCGGGGAGACGGCGAGGGAGCGGCGGGUGUCGGUGUGGGAAGGCGGGGACGCGGCUCCCCCGGCCCGACCUCGGACCAUGUAUCAGGACUACCCCGGGAACUUCGACACCUCCUCCAGAGGCAGCAGCGGCUCCCCGGGACAUCCCGAGACCUACUCGAGCGGCGCAGCCCAGCAGAAAUUUCGAGUAGAUAUGCCAGGAUCAGGCAGUGCUUUUAUCCCUACGAUCAACGCCAUCACAACCAGCCAAGACCUGCAGUGGAUGGUCCAGCCCACCGUCAUCACCUCCAUGUCAAGCCCUUACUCUCGUUCGCACCCCUACAGCCACCCGCUGCCCCCGCUCUCUUCGGUGGCCGGACACACAGCCCUUCAGCGUCCUGGUGUCAUCAAAACCAUCGGGACAACAGUGGGACGGAGACGAAGAGACGAGCAGCUGUCGCCUGAGGAAGAAGAGAAGCGAAGGAUCCGGAGAGAGAGGAACAAAUUGGCAGCUGCUAAGUGUCGUAACAGGCGUCGAGAGCUAACAGAGAAACUCCAGGCGGAAACUGAAGUGCUGGAGGAGGAGAAGUCAGUGCUGCAAAAGGAGAUUGCUGAGCUCCAGAAGGAGAAGGAGAAGCUGGAGUUUAUGCUGGUGGCUCACAGCCCUGUGUGCAAAAUCAGCCCCGAGGAACGUCGGAGCCCACCAUCAAGCAGCCUCCAGAGCGUUAGGACUGGAACAAGUGGAGCAGUGGUGGUGAAGCAGGAGCCUGUGGAAGAAGAGAUCCCAUCUUCCUCUUUGGUCCUUGACAAAGCCCAGAGGUCUGUCAUUAAGCCCAUCAGCAUUGCUGGAGGUUUUUAUGGGGAGGAGGCACUCAACACUCCCAUCGUGGUGACCUCAACACCAGCCAUCACUCCUGGCUCCUCCAACUUGGUGUUCACCUACCCCAACGUGUUAGAUCAGGAGUCUCCUCUCUCCCCUUCUGAGUCCUGCUCCAAAGCUCACCGGAGGAGCAGCAGCAGCGGGGACCAGUCCUCGGAUUCCUUGAACUCUCCCACCUUGCUGGCAUUGUAAUCCCCCUGCAGUCCCCCAUUUUGCCAGUGUGUUACAUCCACCCACAGUACCAUGGGGGGAGUCCCCCUCCAUGGGAUUAGAGACAGGCACAGGAUCGUUCAAGCACAAGGGCAGCAAGAACAAGGAUGGGGAAGUGCUACAGCUCCAGGAAAGAGAGUGAGGACCAACGCCAGCUCCCUGGAGGCAGGCAACGGCAAGGGUGGGACUGACAUGCCAGGACUGUUUGGAGAGGGUGCUGUUCCCUCUGUAGGGACUGCCUAUGAAAACCUCUUUGUGGCCAUAGUGGACUUGGGGAGCACUCCUGGCUGGAACUGAAGGCGAGCUGCAGACAGUUGCUAGUCAUCCCUUUCCUUUGUGGAUUGAUCUGAUCAGUUGUGCUCUGUGCUUAAAUCAUUCUGGUUAGUUGAUCUUACAGCUUCUCUCUUGCCCUCUCUCUCUCUCUGCUUAUCAUUUCUGAUGUUGUCGAUCCCAUUACAUUUCAUCCAGUUGCUCUGAACUCUAAAGGCUUGUUAGGAUCUUUCCUCUUGGGAGCGGCUGCGGGAAACAUAUAGGUUGCCCAGACAGGAGGGGGACAGCUGGGAGGAUGGGGAGAGAGGGGGAUCAAGAGGAGCCCAAGAGCUCAGCAGCAAGGGCAGAGCUUGUAGUCUCUAGGCUAGGGCACAGAGACAGCAGGAGGCUCUCUUUUAAAAUGUAGAUAUGUUUGUCUCCUUGGGCUCCUCAAAAAAACAAGUUAGCAUCUCAGGGCCAAAGUAGCAUCAAAAGCUGCUGGGCUGGCACUUACCAGUGUCUUUGGCAGGGUCUUACCCUGGUUUGCUGGAUAUCACGUCUGCUGCUUGUUGUUUACUUUUCUUGGGCUACCCAGUGUCUAGGGAGUAUUGCAUCUUCCUUCCUAUCAGAGCUCCUGACUCAGAGCUCUGAGAUUCUCCCCUCCCCUUGGGCAUAUUUGCAGAACAUGCUACCGAAAAAGAGGGGGCACCACGUGUCUAUAAAUCUAGGAUGGAGACAGGCAGCAGCUAAGGGGGUGAAACUAGCUGGUUGUACCCUUGCUGACUUUUUCCUUGUUGGGAAACAAAGCAGCAUGCAUCCACCAGCUCUUACUGGUAGGUGUUGUUUGCUCAGAGAUUCCCAAUUCCGAGGUUGAGGGGAAGGUAGGGGGUCCAGCCUCCAGAACAGCACAGGCCACAAGGCACUCCUGAUCAGGCAGGAGUGGCAUGUUUGAAGUGUUGACCCCUUUGAACUAGAAGAGAGCUGUAUUAGCCAUAAACUCUGGCAAAUGAUAAAUUGACAGCAGAGGAAAAUUGAUUAGUGUUAUUUGCACCUCGGUCUUUGGCCUCUUUUUUUUUUUUUUGCAUUCUAAUUGAUCUGGAGUUUUUGGUGUUGAUUGGCCUGAAGACAAAAAAAAACAAAGCAGAGGGCUCUCCUGUAGCCCCGGGUCCUUGUCUUCUCCAGCCUUAGGGCUUGGCUGCUACUACUAAGUGCUCACAGGGGCACAAGCUCUCCAGCGCUGAUGUUCACUACUGAAAACAGUAACAUGUGUAACCUAUUCCUACUUGGGGCCAAGCUCAAUCCCUGUGGAUGUCAAGGCACUGACAAACCAUGAUUGCCCAGCUUGCACACUAGGAUUGCCCAGCUUGCCAGCUAAGCCACUUAGGGGAUGGCUCUUUGGUCCUGCCUGUUGAAGCUGUGGUGGCAGCUAUUUAUUUUGGUGUGAUAUUUUCUUGUUCUUUUAUAUAUUUUUUCUUUUUUUUUUUUUUUUUUUAAGUCAACUGAAACCAGGGUAUUUCUUGGUCAGGCUGGACCUGGAGAAAUGCAAUAUACAAUUAUAGGGCCAGUCCUAUGAGAUGCAAAACUGCUGCAGUUGCCACCAACUCCACUGGAAAUUAAUAGGGCUUAGUCUUGUGGAAGUGGACUUUUCCUCAGAACUGGCUUCCCUCAAACCCUGGCCACUGCCCAUUCCUUGAGUUAUUUCAAAGGGACACUACUUUUGGCUCUAAAGGUAGACUUUGUUUUUUUUAUUAAUACUAUUAUUUUUAAACCCAAGUAUUUACCAAACCUGCCAGAAAUAAAUAUAUGAGUGAUAUUUUUGCUUCAUAAAGCUGAUUGGGAUUCUUUUCUUUAUUGCUUAAACGCUUUCAUCCUUAUACCGGUGCUAGAGGUUUCAAACAGCUUACAUGACACGUAAAAUUGAUAAAGGAGUUCUGUUGUCCUUACAUAUACAUCAAAACUUCCUUUUUAAUAAAGUAGACCUUAAAUUUCCCAUAGAUAGCACAGAGGAUUCUCUUUUUCCUCAGGUUUUAUGUAGAUGAUAUCACUUUAGGUGAAACUGCUGCUUCUCUGUCUCCAUUUUGCCAAAUGCUUGCUUGGGCCAGUCCAGGUUGAGAAUCUAAAGCUGUUCAAUAAAAUGUCUCUGCAUGUCAUUUCCACUCAUUUUUUAGCAGAAUGCAACACUGACGAGUGGUGAAUCCUAAAGUGAUACAGCUACUUUUGAGGUUAGCUGACCAGUAUUUCUGUCUCCAGGGAGAUCAGGAACAUCUAUCCCUUCUAGGGGUUUCAGGAAGUCAGGUGCCUCCUCAGACCUAACUGGUGGAAUAACAAAAACCUACCUUUGCUUUUGGUCACUGAAUCAUUGCCAAAAGGAGUUGCAGCUGGUCCUUGCCCACUGCCUCCUGCCUGGUCAUUGACCUUCUCAGACACAGGAUGAGAUGCUCCCCUUUCCUGUCCUGUGAUACUGAUACUAUGUGAAACUGCUUAAAAAGAGGAUUAUUUUCUACUGUUUGGAAAAAGCCCCAAAUACCUUGUGCCUGCCCAUUUUGUCCCUCAAAUCUCUCAGAGGACGUCUGUGAUGGGAUCGUUGGUUCCUGGAAUUUUGUAUUUUGUGGAUCAGCCUUACUUUUGUUUGGUUUCUGGCAGCCAGGUACAACUUGAGCUCUGCUGCUGUUUUGGUCUGGCCCUGCAUUUUUUUUUUUUUUGGUGUGCUCUUUGGGAAUUGAUUGUCUUCCCUGUCCCCAAAAUCCUCUGAAUUUAGUGUCUCCAUGUUCUGCAUGUAAUGGGAGUGUGGGAGCUGUUAUAACUAGUGCUGACCAAGAGUUGUUAAGUCAAUAGAAAAAGACCCAGGGAAUUUCAGCUGGUAUUGGGUCAACCCCCUAGUGACUGGCUCAACAAAGCCUCUCAUAACAUGAUAAAUUAAUCAAUGCCAAAAUGGGAGGAGCAGUAGCAGCUGCACUGAAGGAAACAUUCAGCUUCCGGGUGAUGUUUGCCAUUCCAGUUUUGCCCUUACUCCUCCUUCCCCCCUCCUAGUUGUGGCAUUGCCUUCAUAUAUUCCUUUCUCAUAGAUGUGGAGACUGGGUAAGUCUCAAACUACUUGUGAUGUGAUGGGAUUCGGGACCAACAUGCUGGGGACAGUAGCUGUCUGUUGCAUUUUUUAUAAUUAUUAUUUAAAUUAUCUGUUUAGUUCAUCUGAACCUUUAAUUUUGCUGCUUACUGUGUGUAGGAUCCACCUGGCCUUCAUCCUAAAUGAAAAGAAAAAAAAUGAAAACAAACUUAAGACACCUCCCUUCUCCCUGGUCUCUUACUAUUUAUUGGCAGGCAGCCGUCUUGUGCCUGCUCCAGCAGAUCUGCCCGCCACUAAUUUAACAUCCUCCCAACUCACAUUCUUGGUGUUUGGUUGUUGCCUUUUUUUUUUUUUCCUUUUUGGUGUUGCUUUUUUUCCCAUUAUAAAACAGACUUCUGAAAUGUAAGAAAUCUUACUAUCAUGACACAAGUGCAUUUUCAUUAGGAAGGCCAAGUCAAACAUUUUAAGAGGUGGGGGGAACAAUCUAAAUUUUAUUUCUUAUUUAUUUAUCAUGUUUACAUCUUUUUUUUUUCUGUUUAAGACUUGGAUAUAAUAAAGAAAGCAUUAAAAAUACUUCAAUCUUCUUUUUUUAGGCUAAUAAUAUUUUUUUUUGAUUCCUUAAAUAAAAGAUUCUGGGUUUUGUUGUUGUCUGUAUAAAAUGUAAAAAGAGAUAUGUUUCAAAAGAUGCAUUAUCAUUCCUCUGUGAACAGUAGGUGGAGUUCAGGACAAAUCUCAGAAUACAAGAUAAUAAUAAAAUCCCAUCCUGUUUUACUUAAUUGUUCCCCUCCUAUCCUGUAUGAUUAAAGGGUUAUUCCACUUUCUUGUUUGUGGUUACUUGAUGUUAAAACCAUAAUAAAAUGUGUAGAAAAUAGGUAUCCAAUUGUUUUUGCUCAGUGAGAGGAUAAACUGUUGUAUAUAUCUUGAUAUACUGUGUAGUUCAAAGUAACAUCAGUAAGGGAUAGUGCAUCUUUAUUAGAGCGAUGUUACUCGUGUCACUAAAGUCUACUUUAAGAUCCUCAGAUACAGAAAGGGCCUGAUUCUGAUUCCACUCUCCUGGGGCCACAUUGAAAGCAUCAGUAGCAUUUUGCUGCUGCAAAGCGGGAGUCAGAGGUGGAAUCAAGCCUCAGUGAUUAACAGGCGACCACGGGGAUUACUGAAGGUUUGGGGGCACCAUUAUCUUUUUUUUUUUUUCCUUCAAAAGUUUUAUAUCAUGGUUUUUCUUUUUUAUUGUUUGUCUGCAAUGAAAUAGUUUCUGCCAAGGAGGUUCUUAAAGAUGACUGCUGAAGUGGGACCUUUCUUUGCUCCUGGUGAUCUUGAUAUAGUUCUUUCAGUCCUGAAGAAUCUCAGCUCUGAGGCAUUCUCUCUGCUGUUGUCUCUUUUCUGUUCAUGUUAUUUUACUGAAUUACAGGCCUACACUAUUUGCACUAAAACAAAAAGCUUGUUAGAGAAAGCUUGCUGCUAUGAAAGAAAGAACAUAUUACAAUGGUUUUGCUUUUACAAUUUUAACUGAGUAGCAUUUUGUAGAAUAAAAUCAAUUUAGACUGAAAAGAAAAAAUGACUUUUCUUUUUUCCUCUGCACCUUCUUUCCCCCAUACUCCUUUCUUUUCAUCCAAUUCCUUGGUUGGUAUGAUAUUCCCCUCUUCUCUUUUGGUGCUCAGUUGUAAUGAUUGGCUAUAUUGUUGACUAUGCUGCUGAGAGUUAUGACACUUGUAAAUCUCGUUUUAAUGACAUUGUGGACACUUUUGUAUAGCAAGAGCUAACUGGAGUUCUUCUCUCUGUUAAUUGAAGUCAUUAAAAAGCUCCCUUUGCCAUGAAAAAUUAAAA